AGUUUUUUUCCCCUCACUGUAGUCCUGCAUAUUAAUACCGCACUGGCUGCUCCCGGACUUCAGGCAACGCUGACUCCUUCACACCUCAGACAUUUGCUCAGGAAUUCAGUCAUACCAGUGCCGAUGUUGCCUGUUGUGGUAGUCCAUGGAGGUGCAGGUCACAUUCCCAAGGACCGAGCUGAGCUCUCCUGCGCUGGGGUGCGUGAGGCGGCGCGGGGGGGUUAUGCUGUUUUUAAGACUGGAGGCAGUGCCAUGGAUGCUGUGGUAGAGGCUGUUACCAUAAUGGAGAACAACCCAGCAUAUAAUGCAGGUCGAGGAUCGGUGCUGAAUGUGAAAGGGGGAGUGGAGAUGGACGCUCUGGUGAUGGACGGACGCACUCUAGCCAGUGGAGCUGUGUCUGCAGUUAGGAGAGUGGCAAACCCAAUCCAGCUCGCCAGGAUGGUCAUGGAGAAGACUAGUCACUUGUGUCUGACGGCAGAGGGGGCUUCUCAGUUUGCCAGAGCUAUGGGUGUCCCAGAAGUGGAAGAAGAGUCACUGAUCACUGAUUAUUCCAGGAUGCGCUGGAAGAAGAACCUGCAUCCAGAUGCAAACCCUGUGGAGAGCCAAAUGGGCAAGAUGGGCACAGUUGGAGCAGUAGCUGUUGAUGCGGAAGGAAAUGUGGCCUGUGCUACUUCCACAGGAGGCAUGAUCAACAAAAUGGAGGGUCGUGUGGGAGACACACCCUGUGUUGGAUGUGGAGGCUAUGCAGAUAACCAGACCGGAGCUGUAUCACCCACUGGUCAUGGAGAAGCCAUCAUGAAAGUCACUCUGUCCAGACUAAUCCUCUUCCAUAUGGAGCAAGGAAAAAGCCCGGAGGAGGCGAGUGACAUGGCCCUGACCUACAUGAAGGAACGGGUGAGCGGUCUGGGUGGUGUGGUGGUUGUGGACCCUAAAGGGACCUGGGCAGCUCGUUUCAGCAGCCUACAGAUGUCAUGGGCUGCAGCUCAGCAAGGACAGCUCCACUAUGGCCUUUACCAUGGAGAGGACUUUACUGAGCCCAUAUAGCAUCUCUCCAAACAAUCACAUGUACACCUCCAUACACACAAGACACGUUGUUGCAUUCUUUUAUUAUUAUUAUUAGUAUUAUUAAACUAAUUUAAAAAUGAAUUUAAAAACAAAUCAGGGGUGCUGAGUGGUCCAGCGGUCUAAUUGGAAGAUCACUGGUUCGAAUCCCAGUCAUGCGGCUUGCCAUCAUCAUCAUCAGCAGCAGUUCAAAAAGAGGCGGUGACUGACUUCACAUGUAUUGGAGGAGGCAUGUUUUAGUCUUCACCCUCCUUGUGUUGUGGCAUCACUAGUAAUGGGGGAUAUACAGCUGAGGAGCAGCUAAACUGGGAGGAAAAUGGGAGAAAUUUAGAAAAAAAAAAAAGAAGACAAAUCAGUAUUACUAAACUGCUUUAAUAUAUGAUUUAAAAACAAAUCAAUAUUAAUAAACCACUUUUACAAGAUCUACUUCAAAAUGUAAGAAAUUACUUAAAACCAGUACCUCAUAUAUACAUUACCGUAUAUACACUCCAGCAACAGGAUUUAUGUCAUGUUAAUGUAUAGCACUGCUAGUACUGUGUGUCUCCACUAGAUGGAGAUAAAAGGCACAUCUGGUAAAUGAAUGUGUAUUAUGGGUUCUCACUUCCUAUUUACUGUGUAAACUGCUCUCCAGCAGCUGCCAACUGUCAAUCAGUAAAAGUGAUUCAUUCUAAAAUAAAUUUAUAUUUGCAAGAACAAAAUAUAUAAUGUCAUCAUUGCAUUUUAAAUUCAUGUAUUUUACUGAAACUGCUUAUACCACACAAUACCGCACCUCCAUAUUGUAUACGUUAAUUUGUGUUUUUUUAACCAGUUGCAUAUAUACACCACAUUAACCACACAGGAUGUGAAUAGAUAAGUUAUAAUUUAUAAUGCAAGGCAGACUACACAUGCCAUAUUAAAUGUCCAGUUAAAUUUGCCAUAUGUUCAUACUUAUCUCCACUUUUUAUUGCUGUUUUUUUUCUUUUAAUUAAAUAUGUCUGCACUUUAACCCUUUAAAUCAUGAUACACCAGCAAAUCUUAAUCAAAAACAAGAAGUUUUUACUUUUUAACAAAAUAAUUAAUUAAUCUAUUGAAUUAUUGAAGUCUGAUUUAUUUAUUGAUUUAUUUAGAAGUCUCUCGAAUGUAAAUGUGUAGUUGCACAGAGCAUGACGAAAUGUAUUAUUAAAGCAUGCAUUGUAGUGCAGUCUCCUGUCA